AUGUCUAGCCAAACUGAAAGAACUUUUAUUGCGGUAAAACCAGAUGGUGUCCAGAGGGGCUUAACGUCUCAGAUUUUAUCUCGUUUUGAAAAAAGAGGUUAUAAACUGGUUGCUAUUAAAUUAAUAAAAGCUGAUGACAAACUACUGGAGCAACAUUACGCAGAGCACGUUGGUAAACCAUUCUUCCCAAAGAUGGUAUCCUUCAUGAAAUCUGGCCCUAUUUUGGCCACGGUCUGGGAGGGUAAGGAUGUAGUUAAGCAAGGAAGAACCAUUCUUGGUGCUACUAAUCCUUUGGCCAGUGCGCCAGGCACCAUUAGAGGUGAUUUUGGCAUUGACCUAGGCAGAAACGUCUGUCACGGUAGUGAUUCUGUUGAAAGCGCCGAACGGGAAAUCAACCUGUGGUUCAAGAAGGAAGAAUUAAUUGAUUGGGAAUCUAAUCAAGCCAAGUGGAUCUAUGAAUGA